AUGGCUAAAGCAGUAGCUGGAAUGGUGAAUGUCUUGGAGUCAUACAGAGGGAGAGACAGACUGAUGCGAACAUUGUGCUACAGCUGCCAGUUACUUGGUGGUGUCAUUACACAGACGCGUGGAGAUAAACAGCAGUAUGGAAAAAGCUUUCUCAUUAUAGCUUCACAACUAAGCCACUGUCGGACUGUACUGAGGCUGUUUGAUGACCUAUCUAUGCUUGCAUACUCUCUUCAAUAUGGCCUAGGAAAAAAAGAGGAGGACCGUCUUAUCCGAUGGAUAUCUGUCAUUGGUAACAUAUUUGAUCAGCUCUACUAUCCAUGUGAGCAUGUGGCCUGGGCUGCUGACGCUGGGGUGAUUCAAACCAAAUCUGAUAUUUGGUGGACUGCGAGCACUGCUCUUUGGGGUCUUUCACUUUUAGUAGGAAUAAUAAGGUCUUUAAGAAUUUUACUGAAACUGAGAAGAACUAAAGGAAAACAUUCUGAGAGUGGUAUGCCAAAAAGCCGGGGUGAAAUCAAAUUUCAGACAAGGUCAGAAAUGUUGUGCAUUGUCAGCUGCCUCUCCGAUCUGACUAAUGCCAUCCACUGGAUGCCACCUGGUUUUCUGUGGGGUGGUUGCUUUCCUACAUGGUUGGUGGGUCUGAUGGGGACAAUCUCAUCAUUGAUUGGAAUCUACCAGACUGCUGUUGGGGGAAGUGCUGCAGGUGUAUGA